UGAGCAGGAUGCACAUCCACUCCGUUAGGACAAGAACUUAAUACCAAAAGCUGGACACUUUUCUGGGAUUUGGAAUAAGCUCUUCGUCUUUUUUUCCUCUCUCACCCUCUUUGAUGCUUUUCUAAAGGAUCAGACAGCCUGUCAGAAAAAGUUGUGACAGAUUUAAAAAAGCGGUUAAAAAGCAGAGAAAGUCCAGAGAGAGACAGACGGAGCUUUGCCCUGGAGGUUUCUGAGGAGAAAACAGGAGACAUAAAGAGGCAACAAUAAACUGAGAGAGAGAGAGAGACAGACAGACAGAGGGAGGGAAGAGCACAGCUGUUGUGUGAAAAGAAAAUAUAGAUAAAGAAAGCGGGGAGGUGCACAAGUGUGAAGGGCGAGGAGAAGAGACUUACGAGGACAACCAAGGCAAGAGAGAAAGAAAAAGGGAACGCAUGGGAGAGUGAGCAAAUAAAAGACACGAGGUUGAGGAAUAAUUCAAGUUGAAGGUCACAAAACACAGAGAGAAGAAAAGCUGAAGAGAUAAAAGGCAAACGGAGACUAAUAGUUACUUCAAGAAGCGAGCAGACACCUGACAUCAACAGGGAGAAUGGACACGCAGCGAGACCAGAGGAAAGACUUCCUCUGAAGUCAAAAGAAAAAAAGGGAGCUGUGUUUGACAUAAAGAAGAGGAGACUGAUUUCCUCAUCAUGUUUUAUUCAACUGGUUUCCCAAAUUCAAACAACCUGCGCCGGAAGAGCAACUUCGUCCCAGGAUAAAAUGAAGAGAGGAGCAAAGAGAUACCUGCCGAGUCUGUGAUACCCUCCUGCUCCUCCUUUUCCUCCCCUUCACCUCAGACUCCUCCACCUUCUUCUCCUCCUUCCUCUCUUUCACUUUACAUCCAGCUUUAAAUUCACCAACUUCCUUCUCCUCCUCUGUCCGGACAUCUCCUCUCCUCUCCUCUCUAUCUCCUCACUAUGUGGAUACCAGCUUUGCUCCUAUGGAUUCUUAAUAUCGGCAAUUUGUGCUCAGGACAAGACUAUAUGGACUAUUACCAAACUGGAGAAAUGGGCACCAAGAAUCCAACGUUGUCAGAUGACCAGCCCAGUUUGGAGACAGUGACAAGUAUGGAUCAGCUAUUACAGCUCCUGUACCCCGAGUACAGCUUGCUCCAGCAGUGCCUGAGGAAGAAAUCGUGGCACGUCUCCUCUUCCUCCUCUUCCCCCUCUUUUCCCACCUCCUCAGGAAGCCCUUUAGUCCACUCUAACAGUGAGGAUCUGUGGGGUCAUCCGAGGGAGGAGGCUCUUUACAAAGCUGACGGGAAUUUUGCAGUCAUCCUGGAGGAGUUCCAGCGAACCAAAUGCCAGCCCAGAGAGGUGUGUGUUGAGGUCGCCAAAGAAUACCCAGAAUCCAACAGUCAAUACUACCGCCCUCACUGCGUGGCGCUGCAUCGGUGUGGCGGAUGCUGCAACAACGAGGCCUACUACUGCACGAAUACAAGUCACACACUUGUCGACAAGACGCUGAUGAAACUGUCCCCGCCCAGGAUGGAUAGUCCCUACUUCACGUUAACCUUCGUCAACCACACUUCGUGUGAGUGCGUCCGCAAGCUCCACUCCAUCAUAAGACGAGCCACAACAGAUCACCUGUGCUCUCCACCCGAAGUUCCCUGUGCCUCUGGGUCAUUAUGGGAUCCAGUGAACUGUGUGUGCGUCUCCACAGACACCAUAAACUACUCUGACACUCAGGCGCUGGACUCAGGUCUGCUGGCUCUCUGUGGGCCCAACAGGGUUCUGGAUGACUCCACCUGCGACUGCGUCUGUCGAAAUGGACUAACCGAGGACAGCUGCGAUCCAGGCUGGAAACUGGACCACAAAAACUGUGAAUGCCAGUGUGAAGGCCAAGGCGAGGGGAAGCUGUGUCCCACUGGCCAGCGCUGGGACGAGGAGCUGUGCGGCUGCGUGUGUGCUGCAGAGUGUCCCGGGAACCAGCCCCUCAACCCAGACACCUGCCUGUGUCAGUGCAGAGAGAGUGCGCAGUCGUGUCUGCGGCAGGGCAAGAGGUUCAACCCCAACACCUGCAGCUGUUACAGGUUGCCUUGCAGAAAGCCCAGACCAGUGUGCCAGACUGGUUUUUACUACAGCCACCAGGUCUGCCAGUGUAUCCCCAACUUCAUGAGGCCUAAGUGGAAUUAACCAAUCACAGGCACAGAGCGAGGAGACUGCGGAUGCCGCCAUUUAUCGCCCUUCAACACAAGGCCAGAAAUCUUUUGGCCUGAAAACAAAGGUGGGAGCAAGAGGGAGGAAGUGCCUCUUGCCAGGAGGGCAGGAAGGCAGAACUGCACAUUUACAUGUACUGGAUUACAACAGAGUACAUGCAGCACUUGAGGAGUUUUAUUAAUGCUGUCUGUGCUCUGACCACAAAGGAGGAUGGGAGUGCUUCCCAGUGAAACACAAAGGGCCAAAUCAGCCACCCGUAUGCAGCGAAACGAGCAAAAGUGGAGUCAUCCCAGCCAAAGGGACCAAGUGAGGAGAGAUAUUUGACUCUCUGAGAGUGUCCAUGUGUUGGCCUAAUAACGUGAUCCUGACUGGGAGCGACCAAUCGCACCUGGAGGGCGCCGGAAAGCUUGACAGCAAAGGGGGCGGGAUGGACCAAUGAGACUCAUUCCUGCUGCAACGUGUUUAAGCACGACCUGCAGAGACACGGCUCGUGACUGUGUGAAAUGGAAAGUGGAAUGAAUAAUAACAGACCAGACUCCAUGCCUUUUUUAUUAAAAGAUUAAAUAAGCUGUAGGCAACUUGAGUCAUGAGAUGUUUGAGGGCGAGAGGAUUUAUUCCAUAUAAAUCAUGUCAUGUGAUGUUGCCGGGGCCCUCGCACACCCUCUUUUAGUGGAGCUGGAAAUGGUGAUGGUGUUUAUUGGUGGUCCACAGAGUUUAAUUAACAGAUUGCGUCUAUGCUAAGCUCAUAGCUGGUGCGGCUCCUGAAGUCAAAUGCCAGACCCCGUUCAAUUAAACACUCCCAAACAGCUAUUAUAUUCUCCCGUUCCUACUUGCCUCUACUGCAGUGCUGCUCUUUGAAGAUUUCACUCAUACGUGGCUGAAUCCGAUCACAGCCGACGGUCCAACACUUGGGUACAGGUCUAGAUCUUCUAGUAAUUUAACUUCACACACUCUUAAGUAAUAUUAUUUGUAAAUAUUUAAAUCUUUUUUCAUAUUUAAAACUGGUAUUUUGAAGAUGGACUCGUGUUGUAAAAUACUGUAUUUAAGUCACAAUCAUAACUAAAUAUUAUUUGGAAUGAAAUUAUUUACAUGUCUUUGUGCUCAAGCAGUUUUAAUUAUUAUGAAUUUGUUUUUAAUUGUACAUUUUUUGCAUUGCAAAAGAAUCAUCAAGAAUCAUCAACAGCUCAUUUAGACACAGAUAAAAUAAUGAUUUUAUGGCUCAAAAAUACACAAAAUGUUUGGAUGAAGAUUUAUUGCAGGGUCGAAAUGAUUGCAGUGUUUGUGCUUUAUGGAUUGUAGAGAGAAACUGAUUCGUUUGUCAUGCCACUAUUAAAUAUUUAAAGUAGUGUUGAAGUAUUGAUUAAAAGUCUUGUCAGAUAUGUUUUGUUAAUGCUGAAUAUUAUGUUUUGAGGGUAUAUUGAGAGCAAUCGGUGAGGAAAAACUAUCUUCUUCUGUAUGUUAUAGUCAAAAUAUUGGUCACAUAACACUCUUUUAAUCAUUUUAUCGUGUUAAAAUAAAACACUGAGGACAUGAAUUCAAUUUCCCCCAGCAGAACUCAACCCCUGAAAGGAAUUUUUAGACAAUCCACUAACCAAACUAUGUGAAAAUGUCCCAGUAUUUCAAAAAUAACUACGUUUAACAUAUUGUUCUGUCAUUUAAAGGUACACUAUGUGGCUAUGUUAAAUGCUAAACUACUGUUUAGAGAACUGCUGUAUAUCAUUGUAAGAGUAGCACGAGCGUAGGAGACUCAAUAACAUCCAUUAUACAACAAUGUUUAGCCACCAGGUGCUAAGGCUGUAGCAGCAACAGCCCUGAAUGUAUUGAACUGAGCAUUGGGGGUAUUUUUAAAUAAUUGAUUCAACUGUUCAUUUAUAUCUUCUGUAUAUUUCAUCACCCAGGUCUGGUGGCAGGUAUCUACAUAUUGAUGGACAAUACAGCUAUAAGAAAACAUUACAUGUAAUAUGUGUGUUAUUGUGGAAUGUAACUGCAUGUCUUUAUUAUCCCCCAAAUUUCCAGAAAGAUAAAAACACGUAAUAAUGAUAAUACAUUGAAAUGGGUUUGAAAUUUUGUCACUGCUCCUUUAAGAAAAGAAAAAGCAAAAAAAAACCCAACACAAUUGCAUGUUAACUCUCUGGCAACCGGAGGAUGAGAAAUGCACGUUACGUUGCUCGUGUUUCAAAUGACACUCCAGUGAAAAGUACCUCCACCCCUCCGCACGCACAGACAGACCUGUGGGUGGGAACUUGACUCUUCCUGUGGUCUCCCGUUUCUUCUUCUCCCUCCUCUUCAGCAGUCUCUCCCUCCCUACCACAAUAAACAAUAUUGACUCAGAUGGAAAACAAAGAGAUCGCAUUUCUGUCUGGCCCUUGUGACCGUCUGCCUGUCGAACUGCCUCAACACUUGUCUGCCUGAUCUUUGUCUGGUCUGUCUGCAUCAUUAGCUGAUUACAGUGCAUGAUUAAUGGCUGAACAGUAAUUAGUCAUCAGUUAGAGAUGGCCUACUUUUAAACAUUUGUCUAUUUCUGUAUAUGAACAUGAACUGAGUCAGAUCAAGAAUCUCUACAGCUCUACCGACAAUGAUCACAAGUAACGCUACAUGCCAUUCUCUAGAAAUUGUGCUCAUGUUGCCAGAAAAUUACCCUGAAAUGUCCGUGAAGGUUCAGGCAGUGAGAGUCUGAGCCCGAGGCUACAGUUGGUGGAAAUCCAGGUCAUCUGAGUGCAGCUCAGUGUGGGCUCAGCUCCUUUUCAGAUCAGGGAUAAAUGGGAUUAGAAUUCACAUAUUUCAAUAAGGUGAGAAUAAUACCUCUACAUUACUGUCGGUAAUGAAAGCUGUCAGGUGUGUGGUUGGUUUGGUGUACAGGUAUGUUUCAGAUUACCUUGUUCUGCAGCGAUGGACAAACAUCAAAGUGAGAAACACAUUUUUGCUCUUGAUUGGCCGCCUUUUCUGUGCCUCUCUUCCAAUCCAGAUAAUCAGGGAGACUUGCAACAUUUUCUGCCUCGCUGCUUUGUCAAAUGCUCAGAUCUGAAGUAUUUAAAAAGGAAAGACUCUAAACUGCAUCUUAAAGACUGAAGAUGGUGAUGAUCGUUUCACGCACACAUUGGAUUCCCCUCCUUGGUUUUACCUUUUAAGUAGCUGAAUUCCAAACUUUAAUACUGGCAAGGUGACACAGACUGGAGUUGGCAGAGGUGAAGAUUUAUCUUGUGAGUUAGCGAUCUAUCUGGGACAUAAUUCAAUAUUUUCUCUUCCUCUGCAGCCCACUGUCCAACUCCGCCGCGUCUCAUCUGUUGCCAGUGCGGUGAAGCGUUUUAUUUCCUACUUUUGGAAUAAAAACUGCUCAUUCUUGAUUAAAGCACUUUCUUUUGGUGUGUUGGACGCCACUGGAAAAGGCCA